UAUCGAUGUCAUGGCUGUCUCGGAGAGCCGAUCUUUUGCGCAAAGUGCUGCAGAAAUGAACACAGGCGAUUACCUUUCCACAAAAUCAGUAAAUGGAACGGCGACUUCUUUGAAGAUGUAUCAUUGGCCAAGAUAGAUCUGGAAAUUCAUUUGGGCCAUGGGGGAUGUCCUUGUCCA